GUAGUGCAGUGCGGGCGUCUCCGCUUUCAGUUCGCCAUACUUGCACAAAGCGGCAGUGCACAGACAAUUGGUGAAAGCAGCCGAAAAAAGCAUCGGUGGAAGCUAACGUCAUGGCUGAGCAGGAACCCACUGAAGAGCAGCUGGCGGCCAUCGCGGCGGAGAACGCCGAGAGCGAGAGCGAGACGGUCAACUACAGGCCCCCCGCCCGCAAGACCCUGCAGGAGAUCCAGGAGCUGGACAAGGAUGACGAGAGCUUGCAGAAGUACAAGAAGGCCUUGCUGGGAGACGGCCACGAAUCUGGUGUGUGUGCUUCAGCCUCAGACUCCGCUGUUCCAAACGUCCAGGUGACUCGGUUGACCUUGAUGUGUGAAACUACCCCAGUUCCUCUCACCUUGGACCUGCAGGGAGAUCUGGAGCAAUUCAAGAAGCAAAGCUUUGUGUUAAAAGAGGGGGUUGAGUAUAGGAUUAAGAUCAGCUUCAAGGUGAACCGGGAGAUUGUCUCUGGCCUGAAGUUCAUCCAACAGACCUACAGGAAGGGAGUGCGAAUUGAUAAGUCGGACUACAUGGUGGGCAGUUACGGCCCGCGGCCUGCCGAGUACGACUUCCUGACCCCGCUGGAGGAGGCUCCCAAGGGCAUGCUGGCCCGCGGCACCUACAACAUCAAGUCCAAGUUCACCGACGACGACCAGCACGACCACCUCUCGUGGGAGUGGAACCUCAACAUAAAGAAAGACUGGACAGACUGAGCGGCCUUGUACUGUAGCCCUCUUUCCUCUCCUCUCCUCUCAUCUCUUCUCCUCCUCUCCUCUCCUCUUUUCUCCUCAUCUGUCCUUCAAUUCAUGAUCUUCUCAUCAUUCAUUCAUUUAUUCAUUCAUUCAUUCAUUCAUUUCUUUACUUCUUUCUUCCUAGAAGGUCUCGCUCCUUUCAUCUCCUUGGUACCUCCUUAUAUUGCCUUUCGUUCUCCUCCUCCUCUCCAUCGCUCCCUCCGUCCACAAGUUCACAUCCAUGCUUCAUCUGUCAGCCCUCCUGGUUCAUCCACACUACACCCCCCUCCCCCCACCCCGCCCCACCCCGCCCCUUCCACCACCACCACACCCAGCCUUUGUGCUUCCCAACACAAACCACAUUAACAGACCACAUUAACUACAUUAACCUCCUCCACCCCAUUCAGACCACACCACCACCACCACCACCACCACAUGUACUCUGCCUUCUUCUGUGACCAAUUAACCAGACCACUAGAUACUACGGACGUCUGUGUGGUGCACUAACCAGACCACUACAUGCUUAGUCUCUAUCAGCUUUACUGUAUGGCCAACUAACCACGUCACUACUUGUCUUAAGCCAUCGCCAAUUAACCGGACCACCACUACCUGCCACCCUCACCGAAUCACACUAACAACUUUGUCUUCCACUGUUUUAGUAAAGCGUUUGAGCAAAGGGAGAAGUUCUGCUUCAUCUCAACCACCCCUUUCCCAUCACCCCCCCCCCACCACCAUGCACUCAGACACACUUUUUUUUAGAGAAUAAGUCGAGCACUGUAAGAGUUAGACACUAAAGACAUGGGAGUUCUACCGUUAGUCAGUCAGUCUGAUAGCUUUUGGCCCACUACAGGCUUCUCUCUCUCCCGCCUCUCUUCCUUCAUUUUUAGCACUCCACUUGUCCUACUUUUCGACUUUGUUUUUUUUUUUCUCUUCUUCUUUCUUAUGAUUUCUUUCUUUCACCAAGUUCUGCCUUGUGAAAUGCCUCCUGGAGAAAAAAAAAAAAAAGAUAGGAAAGUGCUGUUCUGUUUUUAGCUGCGUCUGGCAGCUCAAAUACAAUCAACCAUGAACCUCUUCCCGCGGAGAGGCACAGCUAAAGUGAUUAAUGCAGGAGGACACACUGAGCGUCAUCAGGCCUGGCUGUUAGCGGUGUGGGCAGUAGCAUAUAGCUAGGGAACAGCAACGACGCUUCUGCCGCACGAUCACAGGGUCAAGCACACGCGCAACGAGAAAAACAGAAACACACUAGGAAUGUUGUUGUCGAUGGUGACCUUUGUAAAUCGAUCCAGCUUUAAUCGCGAAAAGGCAGAAGUCAGUGCAGUCCUUGAUGUAUGGCGGCAACAGCACACCUAACGUCUGAAUGUCAGCAGUUGAGGGCAAUCGCACCUUCACCCCCACCGUGUCAUCCUCUUUAGUGUGCAAAUAAUGACUGAAAACCUACGACUGAAAAAAAAAGAAAAAUCAAAACAGUACUAACAUUCUCAUUCGAGUCACACACUGGAUCUUUCUAGCAUAAGGUAGCAAAGGAGAAAACAAAUAUGGCGAAUCCGCUCCUGCCUUACUGGAAACGAUGAUGAUGCAGAGUGAUUGAUUGAUAAAGAUUGAAAUCACUUGUUAAAAAGAUUUUGUAUGCAUUCUAGGCUCUACAUCAAUGACUUGUGUGUCAUGAAAGCACAUCAUCCCCUGCUUGCUACUAGCAGUAAGAAGGACCAAUCAUUAAGCUUACUUCUGUGCCAAUUAGGUUGGGCCCCUUCAAAAAAUUCUAGCACUCUUACUAAGACAUCAAAAGUGACUUAAUCCCGAACUGGCUGAUAAUGAAUGUCAUUAGUUUUUAGUUUUCUUUGUUGUUGUUGUUUUUUGCGCUAUAAACCAUUAAAGGAAUGAAAUGACUACAUCUAAAUUUGAAAAAAAAAAAAAAGAUAUCACUCAAGUGAUUGCAUGGGAAGUUGAGUCAUCCAGGCUUUCAGAACCUCUAGUCAUGCCUUAUUUGGAGCACCUCAAGACAUUUGCGCUCACACAAACACCAUAUCAUGUGAAUGUACAGCAGGCAAUGUAAUGAGCUGUUUUUAAUGAUUGUUUUGUAAGUGGCUUUUGCAGAUAGACUGUCGGGGAAGACUACCGCAAAAAAAAACCCACACGAUUACCACCAGUCCUCUACCUUUCUUUAACCCAAAAGUAUUAUUGUAAGCACAAGACGACGCCGUAGUGAACAAAAGAACAAAGAUACCAUGAUAGAACCAGUACUUGGACCCUGGUCCAGCACUAAGUUGCAAUGUCGCUCUCCUCCGCUGUAGCCAACUAACAACUCGAGGAAAGGGAGGCCUUAAAAGGACUGCUGUGGUCUAUUUAAAAACAAAACACUAAUGUUCAAUUAACCUUAAAACUGUUGUCUUGUUUCGUUUGCCUUAAUGGACGUUCAUGUCUGAACACAGAGCUCCCACACAGAGCUGUGAGAAACGCUGCAUCCAUUCCUCUACUGACUUCCCUGCAUCCUUAAAUUCUUCCAAAAGGUCAGAGGUCAUGGCUGCCCAGUAGCAUAGCAACAGAUGACAGGGCUUAUCCCUGCCUAUCCAAAUGGCAAAGGCCUACCUCUGUCUAUGGCUUUCCCAUUGAAGCGCAUUAGUUUAGGGUUGGUGUGUUGAGGCAAUAUGGCUAACAGUUGUUCCACCAGGCAAGCAUAUCCACCACAUUUAAAAGCCUUAUUGUCUCCAUCUCCACAUUAUCUUUACUUGAGGAAAAUCAGUGGAGUGAACUCACUUGAAAGUUAGCGUGACAGAGGCAGAGAGCCAAGACAGAAUCAGCAUCGAAAACUCGGGGGUCUGCUGCUUCUUAACCCUUCUUCAAGGCGUCUUUCCGAGAUCCCCCUCAAAUACUGCAACCUGGGAAUACUCCUGAGGUCCACUCAGCAGCAGCAAGUGCUAGAGAGAUUUGUGUUGGUAGUGCGUGUGACCUGAACAGAAUAACACACCUGGUGACAAAGCGUUUUGGUUUCUGUGUGGAUGGUUGUCUGUGUAGGGGCCACGCAGAAAUGUGAGUCGGUGUGACGAGUGUAAGUUUGUUUAUGACUGUUUCAAAGUGUUCCAUGUUCGGUGUAUGCUCCUCUGCUGAUUCAUACAUUCCUCCACAUCGUGCUCUUUUUAUUUGUAAGAAUGAACAACAGGUUGGCAUGCCAGUCGCGGUUGUGUGAAUGUUCUACCAUCAUUUGUGAUCGCUCUUCCUGGCCAAUAAAUAUUUUUGUUUGA